AUGUCUGCACUUUACGGCACCGCUUCAUACAGAUAUUUUAGAGAUAGACCUGAGUGGGCUGACGUUACUCCACUUAAGCAGGAUGAGAGUCCCCGAGGUGUGGUCCGGAUAGCAUACUCUGAUGCAUUCGUUGACGUACAUGACUACGUCCGUGCUGUCAUGGCAGUCGAUGAACGUUCACCAAGAGUAUUGGAAUUAACAGCCGAAGCUCUUAGAAUGAAUGCCGCCAAUUAUUCUAUUUGGGCCUAUCGUCGCAACGUUCUUGUAACGCUAAACUCUAACCUUGCAAACGAACACACGUUUACUAAAUUCCUUCUUUAUGACCAUCCGAAAAAUUACCAAUUAUGGUAUCAUCUUCAGUGGCUAAUGGAGCAAGCUGUUAAAGAAGAUGGGAGUAAUGACCCCAAAACCGUCCUUGAUCGGCCAGAUUCGGAUCUUUACGAUAAACUGAUGACGGAGUUUGAGCUUCUCCGUGGGAUUCUGGAUGAUGAUGCCAAGAACUAUCAUGCUUGGCAAUAUCGUCGUUGGCUAGCUGACUUCUUUAAAGUACCAGUUAAAAGCGAACUGAAAUUUUGUGAACACAUGAUAUUUGAGGAUCCAUUGAAUAAUUCGGCCUGGAAUCACCGCUUUUAUACAGUAAUUGAGGAGGGUCUUGAUGAAACAGUCUUCGAUAGGGAGAUGAACUAUGCUGUUACCCAAUUGAAGUCAAUGCCACACAAUGAGUGUGCCUGCAACUACUUAUUGGGCUUGAUAUCCCCACUUCCUCCAAAUAUUUCCACAAAAGAUGAGAAACUGGUUCAUAAGCGUCUCCUACUGGUUCGUGAUGCCAUCGAAGAUCUAACUGAAAAUGAUCGUGAUGGGGCAGGUGACAGUCCCUCAGUGCUCGCUCUCCUUGUUGACUUGUUUCACACUUCUCUACAGCAUCGACUUCUGAAGCCUACACCCUCUGAGGAAAGCGUAGAAACCCUCAACGAGAUUGCAAAUAGCGCUAAGAGCAUUUGUGAUCGCCUUGCCCUGGAGCUAGAUCGAGUGCGCGCAAACUACUGGCAAUAUCGACGCAAACAGAUUGAGGAGACAAUAAAGAAAUUAACUUGA